CCAGUAUGCAAGAUCCUGUCAGUGGAGUUGGACCUCAUAGACUGCGGAGUAGAUCACGCGCUGGACGUGCCCGAGGGUGACGUGGAGCUCAAGCAGUUCCCCUGGGUCGGGGUACUGUUUUACAGCUACUACGGCAUGGAAGGAGACAGUAGAUCUGUGAGUAACGUUGUGUUAAUUCACAAAGAGUUUGUCGUCGCUUCCGCCGCUGACAUAGGACCCAUGCCUAAGCAUAAUUUCAGGCGAAAUUCGCGCGUCCUUCUAGGCGAGGCUUGGGACCGACCAGGGCGAAGAGUGAGGAACUAUGUACUGCAUCCAGAGUACGGAGAGACAUACAACACGUUAGCUUUGGUGCAACUCAAGGAUCCCAUCAGAGAUUUGACAAUACGACCAGCGUGUCCGCCUCCGAAUCUGUUGAGAAAUCCUAAGUUUUACGUCAUCAAAAUGAAGGAUGACGUGGAAGCACUUGAAAAAGAAGUGAUUCCUGUACUCCAUAUUCCCGGAAAAAUGUGCAAGGAGUUUUAUGUUGCCGCCAAUCUAUACAGUAAAAUGCAGCGUCCCCCCCACGUGGCGUGCGCCGUGUCGGUCGACACGAAGAGUGUUUGCGUGUGGGCAGCCGGCGCCGCCCUCGUCUCCCGCGACACCUGGGGACGAUGGCAACUGUUGGGCCUAGGCGUCCGCGGCCCCGGAUGCGGCGCCCCCUCCCGCUACCUGGACAUGAUGAGCUACUACCCCUGGAUCGAGCGCAGCCUCGCCGAGUUCAACCGGGUCACCAUCUCCAAGAUCAGCAAACAGAAAUAUGUGUUGCGAUCAAGCCACGCCUACCAAAGAUUCGGCUCUUGUGAUCCAGAGGAGAAAAUUAACUUGGUGUUCAGAGAAUCUAUCGUACUGCGGACGGACAACAAUCGGUACCAGUUUUUGACGUACAAUAUGAGUAUUUUCGAAAGUGUGGAGUACACUUGUCUGACCCUGGAGCUUACCAACGCGUCAGCUGUGUCAGAAAUGAGGGUCAGGCAUUACUGCCCAAGAGUCAGCUAUGGUCCUGCUUGCUACUUCCACAAAGGUUCCCUUUUCGAAAUCUCGGUCUACAUCAUGUUUUCCGACAAAUGCCUGUUCGAGAUGUUCGCUUGGGGAUACAAGAGGAAUAUGACUCUGCUCGACAUCCAAGAGUGGAAGUGGGAGGAGGGCACGUACUACGAAGACUUUACCAUGAAACGAGUGGAGUAUAGAGGACCUACGUACAUGACAGACUUUGGUUACGAACCUGUGGACCAUGGGAUGUGGGUGCCUGAGUAUGAUAUUUGGACGACUACUGAAGUGGACAAUAGUACUACGCCCACACCGCCGCCUAUAAAUGUGAGCCGAAAACGACCUCGCAGACCAACGACGAGCACGAUGACUACGAAGAGAACUAAAAAGACACCCAAGCGAAAAACUAAAACGACUACAACUACACCUACGACGACCAAAACAACAACAACAAAACCAAAAAAGGGAUAAAACAUAAACUACCGCGAUUUGUACACAUAUCGAUGGCGCAAUGGUCACCAUACUGGACUGCCGAACCUGAAGUCCCGGUUCGGUCUACAUUUAUGUGAUGAUGAUUUUAUGAUUUGUUUUUUAUUUGUAUUCGUGUAUCUUUGGAUGCAGAAUUUCUUGCUCUAUCAAUAUUGUUAUAAUAAACAGUGGCGGAUUUGCAAAUUUGCCGCUAGUAGGCCAUUCAAUUUUUGCCGCCCCUACUGACUUUUGAAAUUCAAUACGUUAGUUUAAUCCCUAAGAAAUUCAAUAAGUAUGAUUGUAAACUUAAUGAUAUUUCUGUCAGUUACUAGAUUAUUUUUGCAACCCCCUGUGUACUGAAGAGUUUAAUGUUGACCUAACAGUGGCGUAGCGUGGCUAUCCUCCACCCGGGGCAGGAGGCAAUUUUGGCGCCCCCAAGUUUUGGGUACAAUUAUGUAUUGGCACAUGCAGCCCUUAAAAGGUUGUGGGAAUCUGGUUUUCAGGUUUACAAUUGUCAUUAACAAUACCACUGCAACCGAUAAAGUGAACAGAUUUUGAUAAAUAUUUUUAGUGCGCUCGCUGGCGCGAUGAUAGAGGAAAUAAGCAAAUGUAAAUAGGCGCGAGCGAAGCGAGCGCGAAAUUUUUCUAGUUUAUGGUCUGAAAAAGUCAUUGGAGCCAAAGGCGUCUCUUAUGUAACUUAAGCUUGUGUAGCGCCCUUGUGCAUUCAUUACCUAAGUGGCCCCUAUGUAUUGAAAGAUUGUGAUUAAUAUGUAUAUCAAAGUGCUUAGAAAAGUUUAUGAGUAACCCAAACUAACGAACUUAAAUAUCUAUAACAAUGUUUAAAUUUAGUAAAAGAUGUUGAUAGUCAACGUAGAAGACACAUGCCAUAUGUAAGGAGCGCGAGCGAAGCGAGCGCGAAAAUAUUGUAGUCUAAGGCCUAAGGACACGAAAUAAAUAAAAACCACUGUAAAUUAACAAAGCAAAGUCAAAAAGUAAGAUAUGCAUAGAAAUUAAGUGCAAGUAUAUAAGAAGCCGCGAGCGAAGGGAGCGCGAUUUUGUCCUUAGAGUUAUUAUGAAGUAAACAUAUCAUAAAAAGCCAAACUGAACAAAAAGCCAUAAGGGAUGUGCGUGAAAAUUUUUUUUUUCGGAAUUGAGUGCCUCAACAAUUAAACAAAGAUAAACC